UGACAAACAGCAGCAGCUAGCAGCACAUUGGAAACACAGCCUUGUCUGAACGGAUUAUAAUCUCUCUGGAGAGCUUCAUCCAUCUGCUAUCAAAUAUGUCUCCUGACACAAGCCUGCUCGUUCUCAUCACUUUUUGGGCAUCAGUGCAGGAGGGUUUUGGGCUCCCUGUGAUGAAGCAGCUACAUGCGGAGGCUGAUGACGACGUCCCGACACAAAGAGUGAGGACGAAGCGCUGUGCCUGCAGCAGCCAGAUGGACUCUGAGUGCCACUACUUCUGCCACCUGGACAUCAUCUGGAUCAACACACCCAGUAAGACAACAGCUUAUGGUCUGGGAAAUUCUCUUUCCCGGCGUAGGAGGUCAACCUGUCGCUGCGCCUGUGCAAUCCCUGGAGAUCAAACCUGCACCAACUUCUGCAAACUCAGUCCUGGAACAAUCAACCUAGAUAGAUCCUUAAAGAAACGCCAAGCCAACAUACUGAGCAUCUUGAGAGCAACGGCCAUCAUGUCGGGGCGGACUCUAGAGCCACCAGAUUCAGACCAAUCGUUUGAGGCUCAGAGUGAGAGCACUCGCUAAAUAAAGUGGCGUUUGAAGCAACAAGAGCGAGAAGAGGCGAGCAGCGAGCACCUGAACACAUGACACCUCUUUGAUCAAAGAGAGGAAACAUAGGGCUGCUGAAAGAUCCCACUCAUAGAAGGCCCGAUGAGCCGCAUGAAGAUGAGGGUGGAAAACGUGAUGAGUUCUGCAAACAGAAACAGAUGUGGACGGUCAACACUGAAAGGAGACACCGUAAAGACUGGUGUCAUGUUUGACCCUGUCCCUAAAAGCUGGAGCAGCUGACCCUCGGUACAGACAGUACAGGCCAGAAUUGACUUAGAUGGACGUAUGAGAGGAAAAUAAAAAUGCAUAAUGUACAAACAUGUAUGGGGAUGUCUCACAUUUAUGACAUGUUUUCACCCCACAGAAAAUAACUUGUUAUACAAAUGCUCAUUCUUCUUCUGCUAUUUUUUUAGGUUUUAUAGGAAAGUAACUUGAAUCAUGAGUGACCUUUGAUACUCAUAUUGAAUAUAUAUAUUUACAAUGCUGAAAAUUAUGUUUCUGUAUCCUUGCAUAGUUUUUACAAUCUGUAUGUCAAAUAUUUUGAUUUUACAAUAUAAAUGGAGACUAGAAAAUAAAAAAUAGAAACUGAACCAUA